AUAAAGUUGCUGUUCGCACCCACGGGAGAUGAUAUGGCGCCAACAAGUCUCACUUUCCUAUACAACAAGAACAAGUAUAAGAGCCUAUCAUUUACACUUACCUUGAUGCAAAUUUGUUUCUCAGACUUCAAUUGACCACAGCGAGACUCAAUCAUGAUCAUCCCUUCUGUCCUCAUCAUAGGGGCCGGCAACUUUGGUGCUGCGACUGCGCUCUCACUCCGUAGAAAGGGCAAGGUUCAAGUUACCAUUGUCGACACGGCCUAUUUCCCCAAUCCUAGGGCCGCUUCUCACGACAUCAACAAGAUCGUCCGCGAUGACUAUCCGGACAGACUCUACAUGCGCCUGCUGAAGAAGGCUAUGCCCCUGUGGAGGCAAGACGAGUUAUACAAGACUUGGUAUCACGAGGUCGGCAUGCUUCGUGCUGACUCUACCUCGUUUGGUGAAGAGAGUAUCAAUUCUUACCGCGACAUGGGGAUCCCCAACAGGUCGGAGCUUCUGCCUGUCGAUGAAGUGCGCCGUCGUUGGAACGGUGCCUUUGAGACGGCUGAUUUCAAGGGCGUGGACAGGGUUCUCUGGAACCCUGACGUAGGGUUCGCGGAGGCGGACAAGGCUCUCGGCGCGGUGGUCCAGGCUGCGGUCGACCUCGGAGCCGAGUAUGUCGUUGGAGAAGUGACGAAACUCGACUUUGGGUCAGAGGGCCAAUGUAUUGGUGUUACACUCAAGGACGGCACGACGCUGCGAGCUGACAAGAUUCUUCUUGCUGCUGGAGCUCGAACAGCAUCUCUACUCGCGCAGAGCGCGCCUGAAAAGCCACUACUCCAUGCUGGUGAGAGACUGCUGGCUACAGGAGCCGUGAGUUUCUAUGCGAAGCUGUAUGGCGCGCAAAAAGACAAGUUCUCAACAAUUCCGGUGCUCAAGAAUUGCUUACCUCAGGUCAAGGGUGAGGGCAUGUCAAUCCUCAGCGACGGAACUAUCAAGUUCAACUGCGACCUAUGCUUUACCAACUAUCAAGUAUUCCCUCCAACCGGUGAGGCCAUGUCAGUUGCGCCUAGCCAGUCCAUGUAUAACACGUGGACGGGACCUCGAUUUCUCAAGUUCUUUGAGGACCGGGCGCGAAGGACGUUCAAUGGCCUAUAUGGCAAGGAAGUCGAAAACAUCAAGAUUGAGGCCUACCGAAUGUGUUGGGACGCAUCAACACCGACACAUGACUUCCUCAUAUCACCGCACCCGCAGAGCGACAGACUCUACAUCGCAACAGGAGGUUCCUUCCACGGAUGGAAGUUUCUACCUGUCAUUGGCGACUACGUCGUGGACAUGAUGCAGGGAACCCUUGACAGCGACUUGGCCGAUCGAUGGGCCUGGGACAAGAAGGGCGGCGAUGGCCAUUCGGCAAACCCAACAUACCAAAUCGUCGGGGACUUGCAAGACUGGACCCGUGGUUGGGCAAACUAGGAGACGAUAACAUUAGUCUCUCCUCCUCUUCGUCCCUGUCCUGACAGAAGCUGAGAAACGACAGCCAAGGCUAUGGCGUGGAACUCCUCCGAAUAAGUGUGGCAAGAUCGAGACCAAGAUCAAGCCAACCCAACCAACGGGGUCAGUGACAGCGCCAUUGACUGGGAUUCAGGCAGGGGCAGGGGUGGUAGCCAAGGGUUUUAGGGGUCGGUCAUUGUCACGACAUGGGUGAGACGAGCGAUGGAUUACCCCAUGUCUAGCAUUGGAUCGGCGCCUAACUUUGAAACCCCAGGCCAGACUUCAUUGUUUAUCCUACCAACGACAGACAGCGCAACGGUAUCACUAUCGCUAUCACUCUGCUCCGCUACGCUACGCUACGGCGCACGAUGGAUGGAUGCUCCAAGCUGAACCACCAACCUGGGAAUGACGGUUAAUGAUGAUGGGCACUAAAAGUUUGAGAGCUUGUUCUCUCCUCUCAGCGAUGGGCAUGGACCCCUGUUAUGUGGGCUUCCUGGUUCUCACUAGGUAUUUUGGCGUUGCUUUUUCCGGCUUCAGCAUGAGCAUGAGCAUGAAGGACGAAAAUCUCUUGGGAGAGAUGGAGUAUGUGGUUCUUCGCGAUAUCAAUGGGGUUCUUGUCUGUUUCCUUUUUCUGGUCUUUUUUCCCUGCUUAAUAUUACAUCACCUCAUUUUGAAUCUUCUUUUCUUUUUCUUUUUUAUCAUGCUGGAACCGACUAGAGAGGUAUCAUAACAUAUCAUAUUUUGCAUUUCUUUUUCCAUUUCUUUUCAGGUUCCUUUUUCCAACUUCUGUUGUAACACUCAAGUUCGAGUGUCAGAUUUCUCAUUCGUUCAUUUUGCACUUUAUUUAUUGCUUUCCUAGUCAUGUUAUGUCGUGGGUAUCAUGGUCAUUCACGGUCAGCAUUCUCAAACGCAUGGGUAUUUAAAACGGUGCCAAGAACUGAGCAAGAGAUUUAUCUGAUGAGCAUUAUUAGCAUUAAGAGGUUGUAAGGUUUUCAAUAACACAUGCAUGAUACAAGCACUUGGUUCCAAGCAUUUCGCUCGUCUCUCCCUCUCGCCGUCUCCCCGUCUCGGCUCGCCUUCCGGAUCCCGUUUCCAGAGUUUGUAGUGAUAUGUGACAGAGUCGCAAAAGGGUGAGACUAGACUAAAAGUCAGAGG